CUUGUUUUGAAUACGACUUACCCCUUAGGCAACUUCAUUUUAAACUUGCUGGGUUAACGUCAUCUGUGGAUUCAGAUUUAUAUUUGGGAUACUUGGUACGGAAAUAUAUCUCAAGCAGCCCUAAAGAAAAACAGGAGCAGCAAAAAUGUCUGUCUCCUUGGUUGAGAAUGAGCAGUAUAAUUCAGAACUUGAGCAGGAAUCGAGUACUAUCUUAGAUAAGGAAGGAAAUAUUGAAACCACAACAACCUAUCAUGUAGUAAAAGGUGAACCGAGCACAACUUACCAAACAAUCCAAGUUUCGAAUCAGCAAAUUCUUGGAAACGAUUCUUCGACUGUGCGUCAGUUUCACACGCAAACCACCACUGUUAGGCAGCAAAGAGUUAUCACAGAGCAAGUUUUGGUUAAACAAGGUGAAAUAACGAAGGUUGUUCAUCGAUCUGGGUCAACUUCCACAUCUAGUGCCGUUUCGCUGGAUCCAAAUCAAACUCAGAAGUCCUUGUACGCUGAUCGUCUGGAUAACGAGGCUGUACUGAAGUGCCAAUCAAGUCCAGAUAACUUUAACAACAACCUAGCUGUAAGUGUAGAAGCAGAGGAGCAAUCAACCAUGGCAGGAGAAGUUCAUCAUGGAAGAAAAUUUGAGAUCACCUCUGCUCAUGCUGCAGUCCAACCAGCAGUCCAAAGAACAUCUACAACAGACAACGGAGAAGAUGAGAGUUACGACAUGGAAGAGUUCAUCGAUAAACGCUGGGAAGAUGUGGAAUUUGAAGAAGAGGAGACGGAUCUCGAUAACAGCUCUGCCCGCCUCUUUGAGCGAUCCAGGAUAAAGGCUCUUGCAGAUGAGCGAGAAGCCGUACAAAAGAAGACUUUUACUAAAUGGGUCAACUCUCAUCUAGUGAGAGUCUCAUGCCGCAUCCAGGAUCUAUACAUGGACCUCCGAGAUGGAAGAUCCCUCAUCAAACUCCUUGAGAUCCUCUCAGGAGAACGACUUCCUAAACCCACUCGCGGCAAGAUGCGAAUCCACUGCCUUGAAAACACAGGCAAAGCUCUACAGUUUCUUAAAAGUAAGAAGGUUCACCUUGAGAACAUGGGAUCACAUGAUAUCGUCGACGGCAACCACCGACUUAUUCUUGGUUUGAUUUGGACAAUUAUUCUAAGAUUCCAGAUUCAAGACAUCAGCGUAGAAACUGAGGACAACAGAGAGACUCGCUCUGCUAAAGAUGCUUUGCUUCUAUGGUGCCAGAUGAAAACAGCUGGUUAUGCAAAUGUUAAUGUUCAUAACUUUAAUACAAGCUGGAGGGAUGGACUUGCUUUCAAUGCAAUCAUCCAUAAGCAUCGUCCUGACUUGAUCGAUUACGAUUCACUGAAGAAAUCAAAUGCGAUGCACAAUCUUCAAAAUGCUUUUAACGUGGCUGAACAACAACUUGGUCUCACUAAACUUCUUGACCCAGAAGAUAUUGUUGUGGAGCGACCCGACGAGAAAUCAAUAAUCACAUACGUGGUCACUUAUUAUCAUUACUUCUCUAAGAUGAAAGCCAUUGCUGUGGAAGGGAAGAGAAUUGGAAAGGUGCUCGACAGUGCAUUGGAGAGCAACAAGAUGGUUGAAAAAUAUGACACUCUCGCAUCAGACUUGUUAGAAUGGAUCGAACAAACAAUUGAAAUAUUAAAUGACAGAACUUUUUCCAACUCCCUUACUGGUGUAAGUGCACAGCUGACAGCGUUCAAUAAUUAUCGCACCGCUGAAAAACCUCAGAAGUUUGAGGAGAAAGGAAACUUGGAGGUCCUCCUCUUCACUCUUCAGAGCAAGAUGAGGGCAAAUAAUCAAAAGCCUUACAUGCCCAAGGAAGGAAAGCUUGUGUCAGAUAUCAACAAGGCUUGGGAAAAACUUGAGAAAGCUGAGCACGGUCGUGAACUUGCAAUACGUAAUGAGCUCAUUCGACAAGAACGUCUGGAACACCUCGCUAGUAGGUUUGAUCGAAAAGCAGCCAUGCGUGAAACUUGGUUAAGUGAAAACCAGAAGCUAGUGACGCAGGAAUUUGAAAAAUCAUGGGAUAACUUUGGAGGCGAUCUUCCAGCAGUGGAGGCAGCCACGAAGAAGCACGAAGCGAUUGAAACCGAUGUAAAAGCAUACGAGGAGCGAGUACAAGCUGUGGUGGAUGUAGCGAGUGAAUUACAAAGGGAGGAUUACCAUGACAUCAAACGUGUUAAUGAGAGAAAAGACAAUGUUCUUCAACUGUGGGAAUAUUUGCUUGAGUUGUUACAAGGUCGAAGGUCAAGAUUGGAACUAAAUGUUCGUCUGCAACAAAUGUUUGAGGAAAUGAUGUCGUUACUUGAUUGGAUGGAUGAUAUGAAGGGCCAACUUGCGAAUGAGGAUUUAGGCCAACACUUGAUGGGGGUAGAGGAUAUAUUACAGAAACACAUGUUGUUGGAACAAGACAUCACAGUGCAUGGGGAUAGGGUGAAAGCAAUUGAAAAUCAAAGUCAAGAAUUCUUGCAACCCACAGAUGAAUAUUCUGCGUGCGAACCAUCUGCAGUUGAAGACAAAGUGACCGGUGUACGCACAGCAUAUGAUGAACUAUGCAAGCAAGCAGCAGAUAGAGGGGCAAAACUUGAUGAGUCGCGUCGUAUGCAUCAUUUCUUUGCCACCAUGGCUGAGGAAGUAGCAUGGGUGAAAGAGAAGGAACAACUUCUUAACUCUGAUGAUCUUGGAAGGGACCUCACAAGUGUUCAUUCACUUCUUACUAAACAAAAGGCAUUGGAAGAUGAAAUGAAAGGACGUAAAGCGAUGCUCGCGAACACCAUCUCUGUGGGUGAGGACUUGAUCAAGGAGGAUCAUUUUGCAUCCGAGGACAUCCAGAAGCACAUCUCGGACAUCAAUGAACAAUGGGAGAACUUGGAGCAGUUAGCUGAUGGAAGAAAUGAGUUGCUCAAGGAAGCAAACAAACUUUACCAGUUUUACGCUGAUGCUGAUGACGUAGACACAUGGUUGGUUGAUACGCUUCGUAUCGUAUCUACUGAUGAUUGUGGUAGGGAUGAACCUUCAGUGCAAUCUCUACUCAAGAAACAUGCACAGGUUCAAGAUGAAUUGAAGGAAUACGAACGAGCUAUCAAAGCUUUACACGAUGAGGCUGAUGGAUUAAAUGAGAAAGACCGUGAAUCCGUUGAAGUUCAAGAACGAUUACGAAACGUGGAUACUCAGUACAAAGAACUUCUUGACUUUGCAAAGUUAAGAAAGGAGAAGCUUAUUGAUGCAAGAGCAUUAUACAAAUUCUAUGGCGAAGCUGAUGCAGUGUUGGCUUGGAUUGGCGAGAAGGAACAAGUUUUACAAAAUAUGUUGAUUCCUGAUAAUAUUGAAGAUAUGGAACUUGUACAACAUAGAUUUGAAGGUUACGAGAACGAGGUGAACAAACUUGCCCCACAAGUUGCAGUGGUGAACCAUAUGGGGCGUGGGCUUGUACAAACACAACAUCCUAAUGCAGAUGAUGUGGCAGAAAAACAAAACGAAAUGAAUGUCAGAUGGAACGCGUUAAGAGCAUUACUUGAGGAAAGACGUGAAGUUUUAUCUUCAGCGAAAGGGUUGCAUGGAUUCAAACUUGAAUGUGAGGAAACCGAGGGCUGGAUUAAAGAUAAAGCAAGAGUCCUCGCAGCCGGAGCCGAGGAUCAGCUCACGGAUCGAGAUCUUGCAGGAGUCGUUGCUCUUCAGAGGAAGCUUUCGAGCAUGGAACGUGAUCUUGCUGCUAUACAAGCAAAAUUGGACAACUUGCGAGAUGAAGCUGAGCGUUUAUCAAACGAGCAUCCAGAGGAAGCGGAUGAGAUCAGGAGCAAGUUUGAGCAGAUGGAGAAGGUUUGGCAGGAGUUGAGAGACAUGUUAAGGAAGAGAGAGGACUCACUUGGAGAGGCGGGGAAUCUUCAGAAGUUCCUUCGAGAUCUUGAUCGAUUCCAGGCAUGGCUAUCAACCACACAAACCACGAUAGCAUCUGAAGACAUGCCACAAUCUCUACCAGAAGCUGAGAAACUUCUUCAACAGCAUCAAGCUAUUAAACUCGAGAUUGACAACUAUGAGGCUGAUUACGAAGAAAUCAAGAAAACUGGAGCGCAAGUUACUGCUGGUCGUGAAGAUGAAUCUCAAUACAUGUUCCUUGGACAGAGGUUGCAAGCUCUUGACCAGGGUUGGGACGAGCUGCAGAAAAUGUGGGAAAACCGAAACCAUUUCCUUAAAGAAGCGAAAGAAUAUCAAGCGUUCAUUCGUGACUGCAAACAGGCGGAACAAAUUCUCACCAACCAGGAGUACGCUCUAGAGACCGCUCGUCGCUCCUCUGCGGCUGCUACGACUCCUGACUCCGCUGAGGAAGUCCUGAAGAAGCACGAGGCAUUUGUUGCAACGAUGGCAAGCGGAGACGAGAGGAUCGAGUCCGUCCUCCGCGAUGCAGAGAAGCUUUCUGAUGAAGAGACAAGUCAUCAUGCUGCAGAUCGGAUCAAGGAGCGAGCUGAGAAGAUCGCAGAAAGAAGAGCGAAGAAUAAAGAGGAGGCAGAGGAGGUUUCAGCAAUGCUCCGGGAGAAUCUAGCAAUGCAGAAGUUUGUAGCUGACUGUGAUGAACUGAGUGAAUGGGUGAAUGAGAAGAUGUUGACGGCUAAAGAUGCCACGUAUGAUGAUGCAAGGAACCUUCACUCUAAGUGGCAGAAACAUCAAGCAUUUGCAGCCGAGUUGUCAGCCAACAAAGAUCGGUUGGAGAGACUUGAAGAAGAAGGUUCGUCACUUACAGAAUCGAAACCUGAAUGGGGAGAACAAAUAGAGACCAGACUUGAUGAUUUACGAAAGCACUGGCUGGCGCUAGAGAGUUGCACUAAAACAAAGGAGAAAACUCUUUUCGAAGCUCACAAAGCCGAACUUUUUUCACAAACAUGUGAAGAUCUUGAGAAGUUUGCAUCACAAAUGGAGGAGCAACUCAACUCCGAUGAUGUUGGAAAAGAUCUCGCCAGUGUUAAUGUCCUCCUCAAAGAUCAUCUUGCUCAUCAGGAUGAAAUCGAAGUCCGGAAACAGGAGGUGCAAGAACUUGAGAGUCAAGCUGAUGUCCUGAAGUCCGAGGGAGACGAGGAUGUUGAUACGAUGAACGAGGAGCGAGCAAAGAUCAAACGGAGGAUCCAGGAUCUGGAUGAACCUCUUGAGAAGAGGAAGAAUGCUCUUGAUAACAGCAAACAACUCCAUCAGUUUUACAGAGAUGUACAAGAUGAGAAAUUAUGGAUUGAUGAGAAAAUCCCACAAGCUACUUCUAAUGAGCUUGGUAGCUCCUUGCAGGAAGUUCAAGCUUUACAGAAGAAACAUCAGGCUUUACGAGGUGAACUCACGGCACACGAGCCACUAGUGGUCGCUGUAUGCGAUCGUGGGGUAGCCAUGGCAACCGAGGACAAUCCUAAUGUAGAUAAAAUAAAUGAAAAGUGUCAUGAACUGCAGGAGAAGUGGGACAGAUUACUUGAGGAUGCAGAUGAGAGAAAAGGAAAGUUAACUGAAGCGGAAAACGCUCAACAAUAUUUCUUCGAUGCUGAUGAAGCAGUUGCGUGGAUGGAGGAACAAGAACUUUACAUGAUGUCCGAGGAAAAAGCUAAGGACUCUCAAGGAGCAACAAAGAUGUUGAAGAAACAUCAAGCACAAGAGCAAAGCAUCGAUGAUUAUGCCGACACCAUUCAACAACUUUCAAAGACAUGUCGUGAUCUAUGUGACCAAGAACACCCAGAAAGCGAGCAACUAUCAGUGCGGCAACAACAAGUCGACCGAACUUACGCGGGACUCAAAGAUCUUGCGGAGGAGAGGAGGAUGAAGUUGAGGGAGAGAUGCGAUCUCUUCCGUUUAUCUCGGGACAUUGAUGAUCUGGAGCAAUGGAUCGCUCAGCGGGAAACGGUUGCCGCAUCACAGGAGCAAGGGCAGGACUUUGAUCAUGUUUCAAUGUUGCAAGAUCAGUUCAAUGACUUCCGACGAGACACGAUCAAGACCGGGGAGGAAAGAGUCGCUGAUGCGAUCCGGAUGUCUGACGAACUCAUCGAUGCUGGCCACACGGAUGCGCCAGAGAUCGCAAACUGGAAAGACACGAUAAGCGAGGCUUGGGCCGAUCUGCUCGAGCUUAUCGACACCAGAGUUGAGAUGCUUGCUGCUGCAUAUGCUCUCCACAAAUUCCAUUAUGAUGGAGCUGAGAUCCUUGCAAGGAUCCAGGAGAAGAGACAGGAAGUUCCUGAUGAACUUGGACGAGACCACGAUGCUGUGGAAAACUUCCAGCGUGAACAUGAUAUAUUUGCUCAGGAUAUCAAAGCUAUCGGACUACAGGUUGAAGUCAUCACGGCAGCCGGAAACGAGCUUCAAGAGGGAUACGCAGGUGAUGAUCUUCACGAGAUUGAAAAGAAGAUAGAGGCUGUGCAGAGUGCGUGGAAUAAUCUUCUCACUUUGGUGAAGAAGAGAGCUGCUCUUCUAUCUGAUGCUCUCAAUAAAUUCCGCUUCAUGAAUUUGUGUCGGGACCUCAUGGACUGGAUGGAGACUACUGUACGACAGAUUGACUUGCAGGAGAAGCCAAGAGACGUUUCUGGUGUUGAGACUGCAAUGAGUGUCCACCAAGGCACAAAAGCAGAGAUUGACGCUCGUAACAGCAGUUUCGAGGAAUGCACAGAACUUGGCCACCAUCUUCUUAACACUGGCCAUUAUGCUAGUGAUGAAAUACAAGUCAAGUUGAACGAAUUGUCCGCAAAACGAAAUCAUGUGGUUGAUCGCUGGCAAGAGAAAUGGGACUUGCUUAACUUGUUGAUGGAGGUGUACCAGUUCGCACACGAUGCCAAUGCAUGUGAUGCGUGGGUCCAACAACAGAAUGCGCUCAUCCGUGACAUGCCCGUCGACUCUUGCAGGUCAGCUGAUGAUGCUGACCAGUUGCUACGACGAUUAGAUGGGUUCGAGAAAGCAGCCGUGCCUUGGGAAGAAAGAUUUGCUGCUUUGGAGAAAUUAACAGAGAUGGAAAUACGUGACGAAGCUGCUCGCAAACUCGCGAAAGAAGAGAUGGAAAGAAAGAGAAAGGAGGAAGAAGAAGAGCAAGAAAGGAGGAGAAUAGAAGAGGAAGAAGCGCAGAAGAUCAGGGAAGAGGCAGAGAAGGAAGCAGCUCGUGUUCAAGCGAUCGUGGAUGCUGAAACACCAACGAUUCAAAUCGUUAAUCCAGAGGGUCAUGAGGCAUCUCUCGUUAAUGGGAUGAACGGUGAAACCUCCGGGGACGGAGCAGGUGAUGCAGAGGAUAGAAGAACGCCGGAGGUUCAGAGCCACGAAGGACCAUUACAACGGAAACAGGAACGAGAUAUAGACGGGAAGAGAGCGUCAAACAGCUCCCUAAGCAGCAGCAACGAGUCUUUGGACGGCGCUAAAAAAUCCAAGAAGAAAAAUAAAAAAUUGCCGAAAAAGAAAUCCAAACAUAUUGACAGCGAACCACUGCAUGGUACUUCAUCUGCACCAUCAUACAUAGAACCAGUGGUGGUUGAGCAAUCCACCGGAGUCCAGUACGACCAGACACCGGUAAAAAUGCGGCCAAAACCUGUUCAGGACCAAACACCAAGGGAACACCCUCAUGAAGGCUACUUAAAACGCAAAUCUACGAUGUUUAGUCCUGUAAAAAAGGCAUCCAACAGGUCCUGGAACAGUGUGUUCUGUGUGUUGCAAGACAAACAUCUUACUUUCUACAAAGAUCCAAAGGCAGCUUCCCAGAGAGCUUCCUUCCAUGGUGAGCAAGCUCUAUCGUUAGAAAAUGCAACUGUUGAAAUAGCUUCUGACUACAAGAAACGAAAGAAUGUUCUGCGAUUGAAACUUUCUAGUGGAAUGGAAUAUCUGCUUCAAGCUAAAGAUGAGGAGGAAGUGCAGCUGUGGCUGAACAGAAUUCAAGCCCAAAAUCUCAAUGCUUCCAUCAGCAGUGGAGUCAGCACACCUUCUCGAGUAUCAACAUUGGUCAGCGAAGCAAGCCCCAAGUCUAAAAAGCGUAGAAGCUUUUUGAAAAGUGGGAAGAAGAAUAAGUGAAUAGAACUAGAUGAGUUGCACCCAUGUAACUGAAUACACGCGGUAGAUCACUGGGUGGGGUUGUUCUACCACCUUGUUUAUUACAUAAACGUGGCACUGGUGCAUUUAUAAGUUUUCCACUUGAUCAACCAAUUCAUGUGUUUUGUACUAGUUGAUGUUUAAUGCUGUAGGCACCUAUUCCGCACUCAAUCAUCCAAGGAUAUGUAUUGGUUUCUAUCGCGUCAAAAUUGUUAUAGCCACCAUAGCUUUGUAGUCAUGUCGCAUUACAAUACACUGUGCAUGCGCGUGUUAAUGUUGACUUCGCGUGCAUGCCCAUUUUUCGUUCCUAAUCUAUUCAUGUUCUUGAUUUCUGUAAUUCUCCGUCGCUGGUAGCGACUCAUGCGCAAUUUUUGUACAGCAAUUUCUCAUUAUUGAAAAAGUGAUAAAAACACAGUAGUUAUUAAAGGGCAUUACCCCCUUUAAUUUGGAGACCUAUUUCAUUAACUAGUGUGCUUGGCUUUUGCUUUGUAAAUUGCUUUUGCUCCAUAAGUGUACCUAUAUAUCCAAACAAAGAUAUUUUGAGUCCAUUGGCACGUUUUGUAAUUUGUCAACCCUAUAUCGGCAAGUUUUCGUUCACAAAUUUUAUCCACAAUAUGACGGUGCUGUCACGACGAAGUUCUUUCUAAUUUUUGCUGUGAGUCACUGACAGUAAUCGUAUUAAAAUUUGCUGUCGCGUACCGAUGCGUCAACUUACAAAAAGUUAGUUCUUCAACGUUUUGCUUGCAAACUUGUAAUAAAACAGCCCAUGCUAGCAUUG